ACUGAGUUAAACUUUGAUUAAUGCUAAAAAUGAAAGGUGCCCGGUACAAGUUACUGAUUACAAUCAUAUUCCCCUUGCUGUGUUAUUCCGCAAACGGCCAACAAAAAUUAUUCUUUUCUGACGACCCCGGAGCCGCUUGUUUGUGUUGUACUGGAGCAGGUACAUGUUUAUGUGAUCAGCAGUCCACUGUACCGCAAGGAAUCACAUGCAUAAACUAUACCGAGUGCAUGCAGCAGGAUUCGAACAUAAGAUGCUCGGCUAAUGCAUUAUGCUCUGUCCAUAAUCAUACGAUAACAUGCGGGUGUUACGAUGCAGAAAAUACAAGUUCUGGAUGUAGAAGCAACACCAACAUAGCAGCAAGACCAAACGAUACACCAAGCCAAUUCAACCCCAGAGAAGCCAUACCACCCGAACCAACAGUUGUGUAUUUUGGUUCAACACUUCUAACGUGUGUGAGGUGUCCACGUUCAAGUCAUUGUCUAUGUCGUUAUAAAGAGGAAAACACCAACACUAUAUCAUACCAAGAUUGUAUGCACCAGAACAACCAACACAGAUGUUCAGCAAACGCUUUUUGCGGCAAGCAUGGGACAACGGUAACUUGCGGAUGUUACGAGCAAGCUAACAGCAAAGACGAUUUAAAAUGCUCCAAUGAUUCUAACACUGAUGGUCGUCGUAGACUUACAAUUGAAUCGGACGACGUUCCUGUUGAGGCAACAGGACACACAACUUUGGAAGUUUCAACUGUUGGAAAUACAACUUAUACAACACAUAUGAUGACAACUACAGAACAAGCUGUUACCACCGAAAGUAUAUUAACAGGGAUAUGUAACAGCCAGCUAAUAGAUGACGUAUGGUAUCCACCAGCCGAACCAGGAACAGUGGCAUUAGGACAAUCUAAUCAUACAGAUUGCCCGGGCAGGGGGCGGAGUUUAGUGCCUUGCGUAGAUAAAUGCCCUUUUAACGCUGGCACCGAAAACUGUUCGUCGACCCCGACAUUCGACCUUGAAAAUCUGGUCAAAAUUAACUGCAACGCAACGGUGGACUCAAUAAUGAAUAACGUCCGGAACUCGCCUAUGACGUCAUCCAACGUCAUGGCAACAAGCGCGGCGAUGCAUAUUCUCACAUCUGUUGGAGCGAACGUUUCAAGAUCUGCUGUGUUGGAUAUAGUGGGUUACAUGGGAAGGGUGGGGGAAGCGAUGAAGAAUGGCUCGCUUGAGAUCGAUUUGUUUCCUACUCUUGUGUAUCUCGGUAUGACGUCAUCAUACAUUACACCCGAUCUAACACAUAUGAACAACACGUUGAGACAAAGUAUUGGAAAGUCACUGGCGCAGAUUGCAACUAAUGGAAAGUUGGACGAAAAAUCGAAACGAUUCCAACUCAAAACACCAGCAUUUACAAUAGAGGCCGUCGAUGUUCACUACAAUAUCACCAACGGUUCUGUCCAUUUUUCGCCACAAAUCUCGGGGAAUAACAGCCUUAUGACGUCAGUCAACGUCACAAUACCGCACAGUGCAAUUCAGAAUGCCUUGAGCAAUUUCAACUCAACAACUGGAGUUACGGAACGUAAAGAAGGAAGGGUGGCGGUCAUACUUUACAAAAACGACAAUUAUUUUCCGUCGAACAAAUCUGUUAAUUAUGUUGUCUCUGUAGAUAUUGGAGCAGGUAAUCACGUGAAAGACCUCCCAGAACCGAUUCGUAUCGACUUUCCUCGCAUCGAGGAAGAAAUAGAAAGCUUGAACACAAUAAAACAAAAGCUGAUUCGAAACAAACUGACAUGCGUAUAUUGGAACUACACUCAAGAAAGAUGGUUAACUGACGGUUGCUGUUAUAACCAUACGUCCAAUCCACCACAAUGUUUAUGCACGCAUUUGACCAAUUUCGCUCUCUUGGUUAAACCAGAAAAAUUCCCAAACGACCAUGUUCUCUCAAGUGUUAGUUUGGUCGGUUGUUUGCUCUCUGUGGUCGGACUUUUGCUAACCGUGAUAGUUAUUGCAUGUAGCAGAGAACUGAAGAAAUUUCGAUCCGGGUCGAUUCUCCAACAUAUUUGCGCUAAUCUUAGUAUUGCAUACGUCAUCUUUAUGGCUGGAAUUUCCCAAACUAGGAACCCACAAGCGUGCACAGCAGUCACGAUGCUUUUACAUUAUUUCUUUCUAACAUCUUGGUUUUGGAUGUCAGUGUACAGCUCAGAGAUGUAUGAUUCCUUAGUGCGGGUAUUUUCUAAGUACGAGAGCCGGGCAAUGCUGCGAAACUGUCUGUUCAGUUACAUCACCCCAGCGGUUGUGGUUGCACUUACUGCUGGGCUUGCUUUCAACACAGCUUCGCUAGAAGAAUCGACUAUAUGCGGCGAAGGUCCAACUGCUCGACCGAAUUACCAUGCUCGCAAUGCAUGUUGGUUAAAAGGGUUGCCUUUGAUGCUUGGGUUCCUACUUCCUGUCGGGAUAAUGCUGUUGUACAAUACACUUGUUUUUAUACUCGUUCUGCGCGAACUUACAGCUCAAAACUCAAGGGUUCAAAGCAAAGCAUUAAAACGGACAAUCAGGCAGAAUCUGAUCAUGGCAGUAACGAUGGUUUUCAUCAUGGGCCUGACCUGGUUAACUGGGUACUUGAUGCUGAUAUCAGAAAACGAAACAUAUCUACUUGUAACAGGCUGGUUAUUUGCACUGUUUAAUGCUUUUCAGGGUGUCGGAGUCUUCGCAAUGACUACACUAAGACGAGAAGACAUGCGACAAAUCUGGUGGAAUCCAAUACGACGACUUACAAUCCGUAACUCAGUGACGCUUACGCCAAACCAAAGCACUCGUGCAAGCAGCAGAAGAUCAAUAAGUCGGACCUUUAGCACUGCCAUACUUUCUAUUAGACUGGAUCGAAAAUUUUCAUCAAAAAAGGUUUAAACACAAAAAAUAUGCGGAUUUAAACGCAAAAAAGUGCGCAAACGGUUACCCGCUAGCAUGAACUAUUCUUUGCAAUUAGGCUACAUGACAAAAAGCUAUUGAAGCAUCGCUGUACAACAGCAAACGUUAAACGUUAUACUUCAAACUAAAUUUGGUUGGAAUUUCUUAAAUAGCUGAUCAGAGCUUCACACAUUGCAUUAACUUAACAAAUAUUCUUAUAAUUCGUGCAAGAACAACUGACGCGUAUACGUUAUUCUGUACAAUACAUGAUGGGCGUGCUAGGAACUUAUGAAAAAAAUACAAACCUAUCAGUUUAUCGCGUGAGAUUUGGCAAAAAAGCCAAUAGUACCACAGUAC